AUGUCUGUCAACCUUGUUGAAGCGACAGGUUCUCCUGUCUACAUGGAGCAAGUCCACGCUAUCAAACAGCGUCGAGACAGCCAGAUCCCAGCCUCUUUGCGGCUUCCCAAAGAGGUCAUCGAUAGUGCGCCACUGGAUGUCACCAGUAUCCCGGCUUCUUGUGGCCUGCUAACGGACAAGGAGUUGGCUAUCACUGAACUCGAUGCUACUUCGAUUUGCCAGAAAAUCGCGGCAAGAGAAAUAACGGCCGUCGAGACUGUCACGGCCUUCGGGAAGAGGGCAAUCAUAGCUCAUCAGCUGGUGAAUUGCUUGACGGAUAUCUUUCUGGACGAGGGUAUUUCCCGAGCCAAAGAGCUGGACGAAUAUUACGAGCGUGAAGGCAAAGUCGUUGGGCCUCUUCACGGGCUACCCAUCUCCAUCAAGGACCAUGUUCCUUUGAAGGGCCGCUGGGCAUCUGCCGGUUUUCUUGCCACUGUCGAGGUGUCUCAGGAUGAUUGUCUCAUGACAUCUACUCUCCGCAAUCUUGGUGCAGUGUUUUAUGUCAAGACGAACCAACCACAGAGUAUCAUGCAUCUGGAGACAAACUCCAUGUAUGGUCGGACACUCAACCCUUGGAACACCUCCUUAACUCCAGGUGGCUCGAGCGGAGGGGAAGGUGCCCUGAUUGCCAUGAAAGGCUCCUGCAUUGGGGUUGGAACUGAUAUCGGGGGUUCCAUCCGAGGCCCGGCCGCGAACAGUGGCAUUUAUGGAAUGCGACCUUCCAGCAAAACACUCCCGAUGAAGGGAUAUCUUGCUUUCCAAUUUGGUGCAGAUGGUGUCUUGCCGUCCACCGGACCAAUGUGCCGUUCCGCAAGAGAUAUAGAUCUUUUCAUUCGUAACGUUUUAGCUUCCAAGCCGAGUCUUAUCGAUGUUUCUUUGGUUCCCGUGGUGUGGGAUGUGCCAACAAGCUUCGAAAAGAAACUUCGUGUUGGUAUUAUGGAACAUGACAGCGUCGUCCUGCCUCAUCCACCAAUUUUACGCGCCCUGGCGGCAGCCAAGGCAAAGUUGGCCGCAUCUGGCCUCGUGGAAGUAGUCAACUACAAGCCAUUCAGGCACGACCUGGGAUACGACAUCAUUAGAGAGCUGUACUUCGAGGAUGGGGGAAAGAUUGUCCGCGAUCUUCUCAGCCAGACUGGCGAGCGCAUGUUGCCUUUGACUGAAUGGGUCAUUUCCCCUCCUUAUACUAAGGACCACGAUGCGACGUCUCUACGUGCCCUCCGCACACAGAGAGAUGAGUAUCGAGAUGCAUAUUCUGACUAUUGGAACCAGACUGGAUGCGAUGUCGUGUUGUGUCCGCCUUUCCCGGGCACGGCAAACCCCCAUGACACAGCCAAAUAUUGGUCAUACACCGCUAUUUGGAACAUCCUCGACUAUCCCGGCAUUGUGUUCCCAAGCGGCGCCCGAUUGAAUCCCUCGGUGGAUGUUCUGGAGAGCAGAACCCACUUUCUCAGCGAUGCAGACAAACUUAAUGAAGAGCUAUACCAUGCAACAAAGAUGGUCGGAGCACCGGUUUCUUUCCAAUUGGUGGCACGUCGAUUCAACGACUGCCUUCUGGUAGCGGCACAGAAGGUCAUCGAAGACAUCUUGAAAGCGGAGUAG